CGAACGCCCCUUUGCGCAACUACCACCUACCCGCUCCUGCUUCUACUCUAACACAAGCGUUGGUUUGGCACUCGGCUGCUUUUGCUUUACAACCAACUGUAUCUACACAGUGCACCAUAUUUGACUAGUCUUGCCACGCUUUACCUAACAUGGAUGCCACAACCAUCCCCGGGCAGGACAAAUGCCAUCCACAAACAAAGCGCACGAAAGCAGAACACACUCAAGAUGCAAAGGCUCCAGGACGAUGUUUAAUAGGCACAUUGCCCUUAGAAUUGCUCGUGGAGAUACUGUCAUAUACGACACCCCGAGACAUCCUCGCACUCUCGCGGACCAGCAAGUACUUCUACGCUACGCUAGUUACGAACCCCGCGUCGGGAUUUAUCUGGAAGAAAGCCCGAGCCCGCUAUGAACCCGCCAUUCCGAACCCAACACCUAACUUCACAGAACCAUCUUAUGCUGCGUUGCUAUUCGACACGGGCCCCUGCGAGUGGAUUCCACGCAUGGAGUGCGUUAAUUUUGGCUAUCCGAGAUACUCGAUGACUGAAUCGCCGCAAGAUGCUGUAGACUUGUUGAUGCGCAGGAGAGACUGGCUCGAGGCUGUCGAUGAAUACAACAAAGCUGCACUAUCAGAAUUGACGAUGGCGGAGUACAUCGAAGAGAAGAAUUCUGCAGUCAAGAACCAGCAAGCGUUCAUGGAGCUUGCAAAAGAGCUGAUAAAAUGGCGGAACGGCUGCUCUCGGUUGCAGGUUAUUGCAUUUGACCAUAAUCUCAAGCUGGCGAGAGCCAUGGCAGCCAAGCAAGGCUGGGUCGUUUGGGACUUACUCCAAACUAGUUCAUUCGGCACGCUUUACCGUAAGAAGAACAAAGAUGCGGAGCGCAUCCACGCGCAGGAGUUCGAAAAUAUCGAGACAAGUGUCGCUGCUGAUAUAUUGAGAAUGGUAGAGAAGCGGAAGCGGCGCAGAGAUGAGAACGAUUAUCGCGAGCGCCGCAAGGACGUCGGAGAGUUGUAUGGGAAGUUGAAAAAAACUGAAUGCAAAGACACACCUCUACCACCGCUUACUGACUUCCGCAAGCUCCCAACGGUACAACGAAUCCAAUAUAAGCCGUCCAAGGCACCAAGCGCUGCUGUGGCGGGGGAGUUCAAACAUUCGCACUUCGUUGCUCAUCUUAUCAACGAAGAGCUCGUGCAGUGGCGCGAUAAUGCAAGAACAGGGCUCGGCAGAGUCCUAGGCUUCAAUGCGUCGGAGCAACUAAGCCCGGGAAAUUUGCACCCAGUGGACCGUUUAACAGCGCGGUUCCGGUGUAAGGAGUGCGACAAUAAGGGUCUCCUCCGAGGCUGGGACAACGUUUCCUUUGACUUCUCCGGUGCUUGCCAGCAUCGAUGCAGAGAUGGAACGCGCGAGCGAGUGAGGGAAAGUUGGAAAGCGGAAAACUUUGCGCCUGACUCUGGGGCCAUUGAUAUUGUCGAGCGACUUCUUGUGCGGCUUGGAUGCGCUGCCGACGAUGAGCGGACCGCUAAGAUAGUGGCGAGUCUCGGUUCCCGGAUCAUCUGUUUGUCUUGCCGACAGCGCAUUCGGAUGGACUUUCGCACUCUCCUGUACCAUUGCUAUCGUCACGAGAGCAUGCAAUUCGAUAUUGUACCCGAGACUGUAUCUGCAGAUGACCAGCCCAUCGAAUACGGACUGCGUGCCAAACUUGUCGCGCCGACUUCAGGGGCCGAACGGCAGCGUCGUAUUUAUUUUUGUCGCCAUUGUCCUCCACCCGGGGACGUAUCACAGGCCCUAGCUGCGAUAGCUAGAGAGCCACAGGACCAUACUCCUGAUAAGCAGACUUCUGCCGCUACAUCAAGGUCGGCCGCGGAGGAUGGCUCCACGAGAGAGAAUGCCGCGGAAGUUCGCCCACCGAGGUCUGCAGCGCGACCCAGGCAGAAACAGCCUAAAGUACUCAAUUUCGACGGCCUUAGGUCACAUGUGAAGGACAAGCAUGGUAUAGAGUGGAUCGGCGACGAAGACUUCUACAGAGUGCUCCCGGAUAUUGCACCUGUCACCUUAACGCUUUCAUGAAAUGACUUCUAGUUGUGCCCUUUCCACACUAAAUCGCACUUGUGUCUCGCGCUCAUUCAUACUGGCAAUAACUUUGCCAGAUAGUGUACAUUCGUGCAAAUUCUUUUCGGUUCUACCCUUGCGGCUUUGACGGCG